CCAGACGGAAAGAUGAGCUAAAUGCUCACUACCCGAUAGAAUGGGCAUGCUCUCUCGAGGGACGGGUAUCCUUGAGAGAGGUCGAGGCGGGAUUAGGCUGUACUUGUGAAAGUGAAAGCGUUGGUGAGGGAUAUGGUGACAUACUCCAAACAUUCUCCAUUGGGCCCUGCGUGUCUACCUUGUCUCUUUUCAUCGUUGCUAUCGUUCUCCAAGGACGACAAGCUGGACGAAAGGUCGUCGUAAUCAAACAACUAGAUGAUGGAACAAAAGAAAGGCCAUAUCCUCAUGCCAUCGUAGCUGGUAUUGAGAGAUAUCCGAGAAAGGUCACAAAACGAAUGGGCAAGAAGACCAUCGCCAAGCGGAACAAGGUCAAGCCUUUCAUCAAGACCGUCAACUGCACACAUUUGUUCCCAACAAGAUACGCCCUCGAGUUGGAAGGAUUAAAGGGAUGUGCUUCGGCAGAGACUUUUAAGGAGCCGAGUCAAAGGGAGGAUGCGAAGAAGACUGUCAAAAAGCUAUUUGAGGAGCGAUACGUUAGUGGAAAGAACAAUGCGCCUCCUGCUCGCGUGCCCCGAGAAUCAAGAGCCCUCGUAGAAAUGUAUGCACUAGGUAGUCUUGGCGUUUACAAGUUCUCAGGAUCUCCUGAGACCCAGCGGCUAAUCUGUAAACUGAGCAGAAAGAGCAGGUUCUGGAGGAGAAUUGUGCGAGGGUCAGAGGAAGGCGACUUUCACAGGGGCAAUGCCGAGCCCAAUAUCAGGGCCAAUGCGCCGGAGACCUCGGAAUACGUGCGUGUCGAUCUCUGGGAUGGCAUUCGUCUUUAA